AUGUAUCACUACACUCAGAAGGUCAGCCAAUGUCUUGCCAUCACCUCUCAUGUCAUACCUCUGCAAUCGGAUCUCUCUCUCAUCAACUAUGACGAGCUGUUUGAGAAGCUGAAAGGAAGGAAAACCCUGGACAACGCCGACGGCCACAACGCCGCAGUGCUCCUCACAACGCCCAGUUUUGCCAAGGACCUCGAAAAUGCCCAAUUGAUGACGGAAUUUGCCAGGUUAAUGGCCGGCUCAGCGGACGUGGGCAAGUUCCACGUGCUGAGCGCAGUAGUCGACCAUUUGGCAGCCCCGAUAGGAUCACUCAGGCCCCUACAGGGCGUGUCAGUCUUACGAGGCCACCUAGACGACAUGCUGCCGUAUCUGUGGCACGAGCAGCCGCCAAAGUCAAGAGAUGAUGCGGAUUCGGUUUCUGCCCUGACGUUUAGCUUGGGGGAUCCCGCGUUGACGCUGCCCCUGGCGAGAACCACGUUCCAUAACAACCGAGCGUCUACACUUGUGUUGUCCGAGUUUGACUUGACCCCUGAUACGACACAGCUUACUCGGCAGGUGGAAAAGCAUUCACAGUUUGUCAAGGUCUCAUUAGACGAGGACAUCAAGUCACUGGCCCACCUCGACAUGUGGGCACCCCUGAUGCCUCUGACACAUCCCCGAACGGUGACUGAGAGCUUCGGUAACAUCAUCCGAGGUAUCGAGGUCGACGGCAAGACCAUCCCCGCUUCUACAGAGCUGGAGGAAAUUGUGAAUGCGCUUCACAAGCAGAAUGCCCAUUCGGGCAUCUUGUCUGGCCCUGUGGGAGUCUGGGCAAUGGUUACCCCUAACCCGGAGACGUCGAGCACGUUGGCAGAAUGGUUCGAGGAGGCCCCCCAGCCUAUUGUAGCGCUGCCAGAUGUCGAUGAUAUCAGGGAUACUGUAGGCGCAACUGCCCAGCAUCUCAAACAGCUCUACAGCCAUGGCGGCCGGUUAUACAAGAUAUUGAGCGGCGGUGGCGGUUGGGGUGCCAAAAAGGGAUUGCUCUCGCUCGACCCUCAGCGAACGCACUUUUCCCUCUCGGAAGAGGAAGAAAUGAACAACUUCAUGCAGUCGAUGAACGGCGAAGGCUUCACGCCCCAGGGCUCGCAGAUCCAGUUCUUCAUGUCCGCACCCGUCCUGCCCAACGUUACGGAACCCUUUACCCCUGGCGUAGCAUUCGGCGUUGCUGGAGAGACUGCGGUGCCCAGAGAGCCGGAGCCUGUCGAGGGCUUCAUCGGACAGCACUUUGGCGCCCUGUCAAAUGCGGCCGUCUAUCUUUCUGGCGAGGGCCUUCCAGGUGGUAGGGAGACGAAGUUGAGUGUUCCUCACUCGAGGAUCUAUGGCAGAGAACCCGGUGCAAAGAUGGGUAUCUUGGAAAACUUGGCAUAUGAGUUGGCUGAGGCCGGGACCAUCGCGUUGGCCGGACUCAAGCAUUAA